AUGGCAGCAGAAGCCCCGCGAGCGGCCGCAGCUGUUCCCAGAUCUGGAGCUGGCGGUUUGGAGCCGUGGCCGGCCCUCGGCCCAGCCCAGCCUGGCCCGACAAGCCCACCCCCGAAGGCGACCCAGCCCGGCCUCCUGCCUCCAGACUGGCACCAGGAGAGGCCCCGGGAGAGGAGCAUCCUUCUCAAGGCGCUGGGCGCCUCCCACGCUGCCAUCGGGGUGCUGCACGCGGUCCUCGGGGGUUACCUGGCCUUUGCAGUCAAGAACCUCCACCUGGUGGCGCUGAAGUCUUGGUACCCGUUCUGGGGGGCUGCCUCCUUCCUCAUUUCAGGGAUCUUGGCGAUGGCAGUGGCGGUGGUUUCGAAAGCCUCUCUGAAGCCGCUGUGCCUGGUCGCCAACCUCCUCAGCCUCCUCUGCGUGCUGGCCGGCCUCUUCGUCAUGGCCAAGGACCUCUUCCUGGAGAGUCCGUUUGAGACCCCGAUCUGGAGACCGUACCCCAACAGCACAGUGCACAUCCAGCGGCUGGAGCUGGCCCUGCUCAGCCUCACCUGCCUGGAGCUCUUCCUGCCCGGGCCCACGGCCGCCAUCGCCUGCAGGGACGACCCCCUGUCUGCGGAGAGCGAUGACUGGCCCCUGGUGCCGGCCGCGGCGUUGGCGCUCCGGGAGCCGCCCCCAUCCUAUGAGGACGUGACUGGCGGAGGCCCCCGGGAGGGGCCGCAGCGGCAGUGA